AUGACUAGGUACUGCCCUGACUAUAUGGUGCUUGUCAUAUACCUGAAUAUUCAGCUGUGCGCCAGAAGAGAGGCCAGUGUUGGAAUGGCCCCCCUCCCCCCGAAACCUCAUCGACCACUCCCAACCUUGCAAAGCCCCCUAACACACAAAAUCCCCUUCACCUACUCACCAUUCCCCACCCGUAACCUCUUCCACCUCCCCCCAACCGACCGCCUCACCCAACCGAGUCCCAACCUCACAAAACCCCACCAACCCACAACCCGUAACCUCUUACUCCUCCCCCCCAACCUGCGACCCCUCACCCACCUACUUACCCUAACCCCUAACCCGCAACCUCUCUCUCCUCCAACAACCUACCUGCAACCUGCAACCCGCUCCCCCACCAACUCGCCUCACCCAACCAGCAACCUCUUCCUCCCCACAAGUCGACCACCCCAAAAGCCCACAGGCAACCCCACCCACUCCCAGCCUUGCAACACGGUUAUCGGAACUGAGAACGAAUGCAGGAGAGUAAAUCCCAGCGAAAAGGACAUCCGAUGGAGUUCUGAUCGAGGCUCCGGAGGGAAUUUCUGA